GGCACGCAGCAAUAAGCGCAUUCGAUUCAGUUCGUGUUUCAUCGUCAGCGUCGUCGGUUGUGUUUUAUUUUGCGUGCCGCGAUGGGCCGUUUGUUCGUCCCCAACGAUGAGAUACAUAAAUCUCGGCUGCCGAAUGCGCGUCGGACGGGAUUGAAUAAAAAGAAGUGCGAUUGAGAACUGGAUUCAUAUCCACCGCCGCAUAUUCAGGCUUCAAAUUAAUGAAUGCAGUUUUAUGAACAUCCGAUGCACCAAUUGAGAAAGUGCGCGGGUGUUAUUGAGGACGUGCUCCAGCAGUGAGUGGCUAUUAGGAAAUUGACGCUUCAUCAACGUAUGCUCGCGCAAAAUUACUGACUUCAAAAGAAAGAGACCAAGCUGAAGCAAAAACAGCUCGACGAAAAAAAAACAAAUACAGGUUAUAUUCGCACUGCCAAGGCAGACUGUGACCGCAUAUCGCCCUUGUCGAUGAUGUGAUGGAAUGAGAGAAGGCCAAAAAAUACCUUUAAAGUGCGCUGAAAUGUUCGAAAAAAAGAUGAAUGAAUAACAACAAUAGGCCUAAGAUGAAGCGAAAGUAGUAGAGAACAAAAAGGUACAGAGGGAAAGAAGAAGUUUAAUCAAAACUAACAUCCUGUCCUCUCUCACGUUGUGUGCAGGAACUCGGCGUGAGUGAGUGACCGGGACUCAUUGUGCAACAUUUCGAUCAGUCGUAAGUGUGUAUGCGUUGGUUGUGUUGGUGUUAUUCGAAAAUUUUCUGAAUCAAAGUGUACUGGAACGUGUACCGUGAAGACGAGAAAGAAACCUACCGAGAUUUUUUUUAUGAAUAAACUCUUGUGAGUUACCUGCUGCGGUUGUGUGAGUGUUUCGAUCGGCUUCUCCGAAGGUGCGCGGUUUUCAUACGAAUACAGUGUCGAGUGGCAGUCAUUCGAACGGCGUAGCAGCAGCCGCAGAGCUGUUUUGUGUACACACAUUCGCAGUACUAGUUAUGGAUUCAAUAUGGCUGACGACACACGCAAAGUUCGUGUUGAAGAACAAUUAAAGAUAAAAAUAGGUGAAGCGAAAAACCUCAUCGGUCGCAAUGGCAACAACUGCGGCGCCUCCUCAUCGGGCUCGAAGGAAAACCGGGACGUGUACUGCACGAUCGCCCUGGACCAGGAGGAGAUCUGUCGGACGCCGACGAUCGAGCGGACGCUCAGUCCGUUCUUCGGCGAGGAGUACCAGUUCGAGAUCCCGCGCAAUUUCCGGUACCUGGCGGUGUACGUGUGGGACCGGGACCGGCACCUGAAGCAGGAUAAACCGUACGGCAAGAUUGCGAUCAAGCGCGAGGAUCUGCACCAGUACAACCACAAGGAUCAUUGGUUCCCGCUGAGGCCCGUCGAUGAGGACUCGGAAGUGCAGGGCAUGGCUCACCUGGAGAUUACCGUCGAUGACGGGGUCGGCAAUCUCAAGCAAAAUAACGAGUUCGACGAGUGCAGUCAUCAUCAUUUCCAGUCCAGCAACAACAGCACUUCCUCGUUCGGCAGCGUGAUCAGUGAUACGAAAGAGAAUUCCACCUCCUCCCACCUUAACCAUCAGCACCAUCCCCACCUUCACCACAGUCAUCAUCAUCAGCAUCAUCACAUGGUGAACAAUUCUGUGAAUAGUACAAAUUUAAAGUUAAGUUAUCCAUCCAAAAGUGUUGGUGGAGGCCACGGGACGCUAAAAACAAUCUUCGGUGGCAGCAGCGACUUCGGCAACAACGUGCAGCAGCAACCAUUCCGGAACAUCCUCGACACUAGCAGCAGCUCCAGCCGAAGUUCCCGCAUUUCCAUUAAGCUGACCGAGUGCAUAAACUUGGCGCGCAAAAAUGGCCUCUGUGAUCCGUUCGCAAUAAUAACUGCUCACUAUUCGAAUAAGAAGAAAAUUACCCAUCGUACUAAGGUGAGAAAGAAGACGGUCAAUCCCGAGUUCGGCGAAGUGGUUGGUUUUGAUUUGUGCGUGGACGUGUAUGGAAGUGACUCGAGGAGUGAUAGUAACAAUACCUACACGGUGGCACCCCUGGGGGGUGCGGAUCUGUGCGAGGUCGUGAUAGUUGUAAUGCAUAAGGGGGGCAUGGGUGAUGAUGUGUUUCUCGGUGAAAUCAAACUUCCUGUUCGUGGGAAGCAGCAGCUGAACGCGGUGCAACAAAGUGCGUGGUACUAUUUACAACCCCGGACAAGCCAUUCACGGCCUACGCGAACCUGUGCUACUCCUCCCGGAACCCGGCUCUCUUGUGAUAACUCGCUUGGAUCGCUUCGGCUCAAGCUCAACUAUACCGCCGACCACGUGUUCCCUCUAGCAACCUACGAUCAACUCCUGAACAUCCUAAUCCAAUCCAUCGAUCAAAGGCCCAUAACCGCCAGUGCCGUCCACAUCCUCGGUGAAAUCACUCAGAACAAAACCGAAGUCGCUCAGCCGUUGGUACGACUGUUUACCCACACCAACGUGAUCGCCCCCAUGAUCAAAGCCCUCGCAGAUCAUGAAAUCUCCAAACUCACCGACCCGACCACCAUUUUCCGCGGCAACACGCUGGUCUCGAAAAUGAUGGACGAAGCGAUGCGACUGUCCGGGCUGCACUAUCUGCACAACACCCUGCGGCCGAUAGUGGAGGAGAUUUUCGCCGACAAAAAGCCGUGCGAGAUCGAUCCGGCGCGGGUCAAGGAUAAAAACGUGAUCGAUACCAACCUGGUGAACCUGCAGGAGUACGUGGAGAAAGUGUUCGAAGCGAUCACCAAAAGUGCGGUCAAGUGUCCCGCCGUGCUGUGCCAAAUCUUUCACGAUCUGAGGGAAUGCGCGGCCAAGUAUUUUCCGCAGAACAAAGAAGUCCGGUACUCGGUCGUGUCCGGGUUCAUUUUCCUGCGGUUUUUCGCACCGGCCAUCCUUGGACCGAAGCUGUUCGAUCUGACAACCGAACCAGUGGACGAACAAACUACCCGUACUCUAACGUUGAUCUCGAAAACGAUCCAAUCGCUCGGAAACCUGGUCAGUUCCCGGUCGGCGCAGCAACCCUGCAAGGAGCAAUACACCGGCCAGCUGUACAAAAAGUUCUGCACCGAGAAGCACGUCGACGCUAUCAAGCACUUCUUGGAGGUGAUCUCCACCGUGGGUGCCAACAUUUGCGACGACGACUCGACGACGGUGCUGGAGCCGGUGGUGCUCAAGGAAGGGAUGAUGACCAAACGGGCCCAAGGUCGGAAGCGCUUCGGUCGGCGGAAUUUCAAGCAGCGCUUCUUUCGGCUAACGACCCAAUCGCUCAGCUACGCCAAGGCAAAGGGAAAGCGACCGAUCUGUGAUAUACCGCUGGCGGAGAUUCUGGCCGUGGAGCGGCUCAACGAGCGGAGCUUCAAGAUGCAGAACAUCUUUCAGAUUGUCCGCAAAGAACGGCCACUCUACGUCCAGACGGCUAACUGCGUUGAGGAGAAGGAAUGGGUCGAUCUGCUGAGUAAGAUCUGCCAGAGCAACAAAGCACGGCUGGAGCGGUUCCAUCCGUGCGCCUACAUCAACGGCAUGUGGACUUGCUGCACGAAAACCGACCAGUACGCAGCCGGGUGCACUGCCGUUUCACCGACACCAUUCCAGAUGGAGCUGGCCACGGCUCUCGAUCCGGCGCGAGACCUCCAGCGGUUGCACUCGCUCAUCAUGGCGAACUUCCACGGGCUAGAGGAGCUUGACUCGACGCUGACGGCCGCUUGCGAGGAUCCGGGUGCCGCGCGCAAGACCAUCAAGAAGCUGAACGAAAUUGCCAACACGCUCGAGCGGAUCCACCGGAAUUACAAGACGAUGCUCGCGCGGGAGAUGCGCUACGGCAGCCGGCAAGCCCCAAUCGGCGAUGAUAAUUAUCUGCACACGUCCCGCAUGAUAGCGGCGGCUGCGGCCAGCAGCGGAGCCGGAAACCUAGCGGCCACGACAGCAGCCGCCGUGGCCCCUUCUUCCAUGCUGUCGUCCUCGCCGCAUUAUGACAAAUCACCUCCCGGUCUGUUCCAUCGCAACCAUCCGCUGCGGAGUUCGGACAAUGAACGUUUCUCUCAGUGUUAAGUUUUACACCACCUCACCCCAUCUUCCCUCCCCACCUUUUUGUAUGUUUCGCUGUAUUUAGUAGGAAAAGUUAAUUUAUUUAUGUUUUUCUUUUAAAUCCCUUUUCGUGUAUUUAAUGACAUUUUAAAUUUAGGAAAUUGGACAUUUUGCCAGUUUGGAAGCAACCAGCAAAAAUCCUCAUAGCCUUCCCGUUGUAUUUGUAAGCUUUAACACAAACGAUAAUUUUAUCAGAAAAAUGCAAACAAACGUGUAAAACAAGUAAAAUAUUUAAUGCGUCGUGCACAAAGCAGAUGUUCGUUUUUCUUACGUUCGAACGUAAAUUGUAAAGAGAUCAAAGUUAUUUGUACAGUUUAGUAGAUUCAUAAUAAUCCCGACCGGCACUGCCCAUAAUCACAUCUUUGUUCCACACGGAUAGGAAAUCCAGCAAAGAUGGGACUGAUAUGCGAUUAUAGGCGUAGGAUACCAUUCACUAUGUCACCAACUCAAUCACCACAGAUAAGCAUUAUAUUAUUUCUGCACCAUCAUAAAUACAUCUGCACCACUUUAUUGCGAUUAACACUGGAGCACAAUUAGAAUACGUAUACCUGGAAUUCGGCAAACUAUAAGAAAACUGUUUUUCAGUCCAUGUACAAUAUUGACAAAGACUGCAUAUCAUAGAAAAGAUUGAUGUUUAAAGUUCUAAGGAAGAUAUGUCAAUUUGGCUUGCAAAUCGAUAUGAAUUUGAUAAUGUUAAAAAGUGUUUUUUGGCAAUAUCAUUCAAACGCUGUGCAUCGCUCAACGUUGGCAGUUCGUUCAUCUACAUCUUUUGAAUGGAGUCAAUAUUCUUGAUAUGCAGUCGCCGUCAUUGCGCAAUCUCAAUUAUUUUAUUUUUUGAUUCGAUGAAAACGUUUAGAGUGAAGUAAAAGAAAACAAAAACCAUUGAAAUCUUUGAUGAGAAGGGUUCCCAAUUUUUGCCUACCUACCUACUACAUUCGGUAAUGCUGGAGAUUGUUGUGUUCCCUUGGAUUCGAGGAUGCUGUUUAGAAUUCGUCACCCGGACGGCUCAAUAUUUGAGCCACGAGACGAGCGAUAGCUUUGACUAUAAAGAAGCGAUAGUAAGUUUCCUGUCUUUUGCUUUGGUUUCUAUGACUUAGUUGCUAUUAUUAACUGUGGACACAAAUUGAACUUAAAGAUGCAGACCAUAAUUAUGACAACCCGCAGAAGGACUGCUGCUGAGUAUCUAAUACCUAUCUCUAGUUUUCAAAAAUCCAUUUAUAAAUAAAAUACAACCAGAUGCAAACAAUUCA